AUGUUGAGCAUUUUGAUGCAACCUAUUGGAAGUCAAUGCAAAAUGAAAUUCCAGUGCCCAGGAAGAAAAUCAGCUAAGUGUAUGAAGUGGCUGAUAGACCCAUCCAAGACCUCAGGCAGGUGGCUGGUUGGAUUACCCCUUGAUUGUGUGGAUGAGAGGUUCUUGAUGGGAAUUGGGCCCAAGGUCACACAAGCACUCAAAUUGAGGCAGGAAUCUUGCCAAGAUGUUCCUGUACUUCUGUCUUCUCACGGCAGUGCAUCAAUGGCUGUAAGUGAAGAUAUUACCUGCAUCUUGAGGGGAAAAAGGAAAAGAUUGGGAACAAGGGAUCAGAUAGCUGUGGUUGCUAUACGGUGGUAUCACCUGAUGGUUGGUCGUGGCAAAAGUGGUCCCUUCAGUGGGUCAUGGGUUUGGGAUGGAGGUUUUUAUCAGAGCUUAGUUGCAUUCAAGUCCUUUCAAGGAUCAACACUUCAUACAUACCACAAUUGGGCAAACAUCAUCACACCAUCCCAAUUUGUCCAGUUGGUAGCAGGUGAUCAGGAAGUGAUCAUGCUCCCACCAUUUCUAGUGGAUUAUGACCUUAGCCUCAUACCAGCAUUGCAAAACUUGGCUAUUGACAAUUGA